AGAACGACCAGCGUGAGUGAAGAUGAAGGACCCACUGAGCAGCUGUACUUAUAAUCUGCUGUAUCAGGAGCUGAAGAGAAUCUCUAAGAAUGGAGAAUUUUUCUGUAAAGAGCUUCUGGCUGUGUUUCAGCAAAGAUCUGAACUGGAGAUCAACUAUUCAAAAGGACUUCAGAAGAUUGCAGGAAAACUUCUUAAAGUCUCCAAAGAGAUGAGUGACAACUCCACGUAUCAUGCCUGGUCCUUCAUAUCAGAUGAGAUGUUCGCCUCGGCAGAUGCCCACCGCAUUCUGGGAAACGCUCUCAAUCAGGAUGUCAUUCAGGAAAUCCGGCAAAUCCUGGAUGAACACGGCAAACGAAAAAGGCCGCUUGACAAUGCAGUGGAGAAGUCUGGAAAGCUUGUUCUCACAAACUGGAGUGAACAGAUUAAGCUAAAAAAGAAGCUGAUCGGGUUGACAAGAGAACAUGAAGCUCUCUUCAGCUUUGUAGAGAAAAACAAGCAAAUCUGUACAGAGAAAGAAAAGCAGAAGAUGUUCAACAGAUUGAGUAAAUCAGCAGAGCUUCAGGUCAGAGUGGAUGAAGAAUAUUUCAACACUAACAUGGAGGGUCACCACAUCCGCCUGAAGCUGGAGAACACGCUCAAAACAUGCUACCAGAUCGUUCAGGAGCUUGAGAAGCAAAGAAUAGAGACUCUGGCCAACACCCUGAACAAGUACAGUCUCUUCAUGACUGUUUAUUCACAGACCGUCAUUCAUAGCCACAAGCAGAUUGAUCAGGCUGUGCGGAGGGUGGAUGUGGAGAAAGACAUUCAGUCUCUGGUUGAGGACGUCGCCACAACAGCGGACGAAAACAAAGCUGAAUUUCUCAUGGCUGACUACUUUGAGGAGGAGGGAAAGACAAUGAUGGGAAAAGACAGGAGAAAGGACGCCAUCAGGACUAAACUUCAGCGUCUGGAGGACUGGAUCACCAAAUCUAAAACAGACAGAGAAGGUUUAGAGAAGAUGGUGAAAGUCUAUACAGAGCAACCAAACUUCUCAAACCAGAAAAACCUGGAGGAAACCGAGCAGUUACUGGAGGAGGCCAUCCUCAAACUAGACCUUUUAGAGGCAACGCACUGCAAACUGACUCACAGUCUGGCAGAGAUUGAAGGGAAACCCAAAUCAAGACAUCGAUUCAGCGACAGCAUCACAAAAUGGAAAGAAAAGGACUGUGAGCACAGUGUAGUGCAGCUUUCUCGACCGGUGAGGAUCAAAAAGACUCCUUUCAGAUCACGUCAGUCCAUGAGGGCAACAGUGAGCAAUGAGACAAGCCCAAGCCCUGAAGGGACUGGAGAAAACCCCUUGAAUGAGGCGACCAAUUCUGAUGGCCAAAAGAAUGGCCCGGUUAAUGGAAGUGUAUCUGAAUAUGAAGACGAUAAAGGAGCAGAGUUGUGCUGUAUUGGCAGAUGCAAGGCUCUCUACAGCUUUGCGUCAGACAGAGAGGACGAGUUAAACAUUAAUGAAGGAGACGUGUUGGAGAUCUUUGAAAAGGACGACACAGGCUGGUGGUUCGGUGAGCUGAAUGGACAGAGAGGACUUUUCCCUUCCACAUAUGUUGAAGAGCUGCCUGUUUUUACUGCCAUGAAGUCGUCUGAUGCCUAACUUCAAGAGAACAUGUGGAGGAAAAGGUCAUUGACUCCACUGCCACUAGAUCAUUACUCACUCAUGCUUUAACCCUUUAGUGAGUGAGGAACCAUAUAUGACAUGGAUUAUAAGGAUUAUGUUUAUAUAUAUAUAUAUAUAUAUAUAUAUAUAUAUAUAUAUAUAUAUAUACAUACAAACAUACAUACAUACAUACACAGUUGAAGUCAGAAUUAUUGGCCCCCCUAAAAUAUUAGACCGCUUGUUUAUUUUUUUCCCCAAUUUCUGUUUAACGGAGAGAAGAUUUUUUUCAACACAUUUCUAAACAUAUUAAUUUUAAUAACUCAUUUCUAAUAACUGUUUUAUUUUAUCUUUACCAUGAUGACAGUAAAUAAUAUUUUACUAGAUAUUUUUCCAAAGACUCUUCUAUACAGAUUAAAGUGACAUUUAAAGGCUUAAAACUAGGUGAAUUAAGUUAAAUAGGCAGGUUAGGGUAAAUAGGCAAGUUAUUGUAAACCAGUGGUUUGUUCUGUAGAUUGUCGAGAAAAAAUAUAGCUUAAAGGGGCUAAUAAUUUUGUCCCUAAAAUGGUUCAUAAAAAUGUCUAAACUGCUUUUAUUCUAGCCGAAAUAAAACAAAUAAGCCUUUUUCCAGAAGAAAAAAUAUUAUCAGACAUACUGUGAAAAUGUCCUUGCUCUAUUAAACAUCAUUUGGGAAAUAUUUAAAAAAGAAGAAAAAAAAAUAUAUAAAUAUAUAUAUAUAUAUAUAUAUAUAUAUAUAUAUAUAUAUAUAUAUAUAUAUAUAUAUAUAUAUAUAUAUAUACACACUGUUGAAGUCAGAAUUAUUAGCCCUUCAGUGAUUUUUUUUCUCUCUUAAUAUUUCUCUUAAAUAUUUAACAGAGCAAGGAUUUGGUUUUAUUUCAGCUAGAAUAAAUUCUAAUAAAAAAAUAUUUCUAAUUUCUAAAAAAAAAAAAAAAAA